AUGGAGGGCAACAAUAGGCUGCGAUCGACUAAUUUCAAGAACAAAGGCAAAGACGCGGAAGAGAUGCGCCGAAGACGUAAUGAGAUGAGCGUCGAGUUGAGGAAAAACAAGAGGGACGAGACGCUGCUGAAGAGGCGCAACGUUCCCGUGGACUGCGACGCCUACUCCGAGACGGACGCCGCCAACGACUACAUUAGUCUGCAGUCGAUUGUGGUGUCGGCCGCCAGUGAUAACAUCGACGAGCAGUUGAACGCCGUGAAGGCCGCCCGCAAACUACUCUCGAGUGAUAAAAACCCGCCGAUCGACGAACUGAUCCGUUCGGGCAUUCUUCCAAUACUCGUGAAAUGUCUGCAACAGCACACGUCGGCGCCCCUCCAGUUCGAGAGCGCGUGGGCCCUCACGAACAUCGCGUCGGGAACCGCUCAGCAGACGCGCGCCGUCGUGGAGGCCGGAGCUGUUCCCAUAUUCCUGGAGCUCCUACACUCGCCCAACGAGAACGUGUGCGAACAGGCCGUGUGGGCGUUGGGCAACAUCAUCGGCGACGGCCCUCAACUCCGCGAUUACGUGAUCGGGUUGGGAGUGGUGGAGCCGCUCCUGGAGCUCAUUAAGCCGGACAUGUCGCUGUCGUUCCUGCGCAACGUGACCUGGGUCAUCGUGAACCUGUGCCGAAACAAAGACCCGCCCCCUCCCACGGACACCAUUCAGCGGCUGAUGCCGGCGCUCGCCUACCUGAUCAACCACACGGAUGUGGCGAUUCUCGUGGACACCGUGUGGGCCGUCUCCUACCUGACGGACGGCGGCAACGAUCAGAUCCAGUUAGUGAUCGACAGCGGAAUUGUCGCUAAUUUAGUUCCGUUACUGAGUCACCGGGAAGUGAAGGUACAAACGGCUGCCCUCCGGGCGGUCGGCAAUAUAGUGACCGGAACUGACGAACAGACGCAAGUGGUGCUCAACUGCAACGCGUUGUCGCACUUCCCGACCCUAUUAUCUCAUCCGAAGGAGAAGAUCAACAAAGAGGCCGUUUGGUUCCUGUCGAACAUCACCGCCGGGAACCAGCAACAGGUGCAGGCGGUGAUCGACGCCGGACUCAUACCACUCGUCGUCCAUCAUCUGUCGAAGAGCGAGUUCCUGACGCAGCGGGAGGCCGCCUGGGCCGUCAGCAAUAUGACCAUCAGUGGCAACAAACAACAGAUCUCGUUCCUCGUGGACCAGGGCGUCAUCGAACCCCUCUGCGCCCUCCUGUCCGUCAAAGACGUGCAGGUGGUUCAGGUGGUGUUGGACGCGCUCAUGAAUGUGCUGAAGAUGUCCGGCUCGCAGUACUCGGCGAUCGCCACGGAGAUCGAGAAGUGCGGCGGUCUGGACCGCAUUGAGCCCCUCCAGCACCACGAGAACGAAGACAUCUAUAAGCUGGCGUACGAGAUAAUCGACCAGUUCUUCAGCGAUGACAAUGAAGAGGACCCCAUAGUGGCCCCCAAAGGCACAGACGGCACGUUCGAGUUCGACCCCAACUCGCAAAUACCAGAGACUGGCUUUCAGUUCUAG